GAACGUACUACCCAACUCUAUGCUCGGUAGUCCUGGCGGCUAGAGUGUCCUCCCCAGCUCGUAUGUCCGGUGGCCCCGGCGGCUAGAGUGUCCCGUCUACUAGGAUCCGCGUGUGACCUUCUCUCCUGUGGAGCGAUGCUGCCGUCGGCCACAAGCCUCCUACUGGGGCCGUGUCUCGGGCUUCGAGCCGCUGCGCUUCGCCUCGUCAGGCAACAGGUACCUCACGUCUGCGCUGUGCGGCUUAUGAGAUGCAGCAGCCAUCGAAGGGGGGAGACCCUCACUGGCGCCCCCCUGGAUAACGCCCCCAAGGAGUACCCGCCCAAGAUCCAGCAGCUGGUCCAGGACAUUGCCAGCCUCACGCUGCUGGAGAUCUCCGACCUCAACGAGCUCCUGAAGAAAACACUGAAGAUCCAAGAUGUCGGGUUGAUGCCAGUGGGUGGCAUGGUGCCUGGGGCUGCCCCUGCCCCAACAGCCCCAGAGGCAGCAGAAGAAGACGUCCCCAAACAAAAAGAACGGACACAUUUCACUGUCCGCCUGACAGAGGCAAAACCCGUGGACAAGGUAAAGCUGAUCAAGGAGAUCAAGAACUAUGUCCAGGGCAUCAACCUUGUCCAGGCAAAGAAGCUGGUGGAAUCCCUGCCUCAGGAAAUCAAAGCCAACGUGGCCAAGGCCGAGGCCGAGAAGAUCAAGGCAGCCCUGGAGGCAGUGGGCGGCACCGUGGUUCUGGAGUAGCUGCCCAGGAGACUGUGGACAGGGUUCCCGGGCCCUGAGUGGGGCUCUGCCUGCUUUGCACCCAGCACCCAGGCUCAGUGGAUGGAGCAGCCUUGGAGCAGAACUGGGCAUCUGCACCACGAGGCCAACUCCGUUCUGGGACAAACGGAUGGACCUGCUGAGAUGGGGAGGAAGGGGCAGCCACUGACUCUGCAGCCCCAGGGAGAAGGACUCUAGAACCCACCAGGAGUGUACACGCCCCCCGUGGCCGCUGGGAAAAAUGCAUCGUGCAGGCCCUGUGUGUGGAGUCGUGCAGUGGGCUGUCCUCUGAGAUCCGAACGCAUGCCUGUCCUGCUUGUGGGGGUGGCAGCUCCUGCGUGGCUGGCACUAGAUCUUCACCUGGGAGCUAUGGGGGCGCCUUUGGAACUCCUUGUCUUUAAGUAUUGGUGGUCUUUAACAGCAAAUACAGACCUGGGCAGGUGAGA